AGCACAAAGCCGCCCUCCGCUGGCGUCUGAUGCAAUUUGAGAACUGCCGACGCAGCAGCCCGCUUCGUGCCCCUGCUGCUCGCACUCGGCCAUGGGAGAACUCAUACGGUUCUCCUAAACUCCAGCAUUCAGCCCGAAAGGGGACCCAGAGCUCUUCUGCGAGCAACAUGGCCAAAGUGACUGGAAGCGCCUCUGGUUGCCGAGCUAUGGUUAAGGUCGGGAGGUACCUUUCAUGUUCGUCGCUGGCUCGGUGUGCCGGUGGCCAGCGGCAGCGGGAGACGUUCGGUCCGCAGCGGCGAACGAUGAGCGCGGACGCGGCCGGCACGGAAGGAAAAUCCGCGGCGUUGGCCCAGCAGGAGCAGCUGGGUUGUCUCCCCGCCGCAGACCGACACAUGCCGACCAACCGGAAUCUGAUUUACCGGGACGUGAAGGCUUUUCUCAACGAAGUCGGUGGAAACCCCCGAGAGGCUCGGUACUGGCUGAACCAGUUCCAGAGAGCGACUUCGGCUCAGUCUACUGCGUUUGCCGUACUGGAGGUGGACAGCUCUGUGUUUGCCACCAGGGAAAUGGUCCAGAGCCUGGCCUUCGGGCUCUCCUUCCUGCAGCGCAUGGAUAUGAAGCUAGUGGUGGUGAUGGGCCGGUCUGCUUGCGAGGAGGCAGGGCCCACCAAGCCCGUGGCCGGAUCCCCGUGGGACCGGGGGCUGGUGGAGCGGAGCCAGCAGCUGACCGAGGCAUUGCAGCAACACCUGGCCUCCGUCCUGCCGCUCUUCUCCGCCGAGUCCUUCCUCCUUCUCCGCGAGGCCCCGCGUGGGAGCAGCGCUCCACCUUCCGUCGAGGUGGACACCAGCCUCCUCCAGUGGAGCCUGAACUGUGGGACGAUCCCACUGGUUUGCCCGGUGGGAAGGGACGAGCGGGGCUGCUCGGUGGCGUUGGACCAGACAGAGGUGACGGCAGCAAUCUCCCGAGCUCUGCAACCCCACAAAGUCAUGUUCCUGAACAACUCGGGAGGCCUCCGCAGCCAAGAAAACAAGGUGCUGGACAUAGUGUCGUUGCCCAGCGACCUGCCAGUCCUGUCCACGGCGGCGUGGCUGAGCACCGUGGAGCGCCGCAGGGUGACGGCCAUCGCCAGACUGCUCAAUCAGCUGCUGACCGAGUCCUCUGCGGUGAUCACCUCUGCGGACACACUGCUGACCGAGCUGUUCAGCCACAGAGGGUCGGGGACACUCUUUAAAAACGGAGAUCCUAUUCAUCGGUACAGCUCCAUGGACGGCAUCGAUGCAGAGCGUCUGCUGGCCCUCAUCAACGUGUCGUUUGACAAAACUCUCAAGAGAGACUACAUCGAAUCCCUGGAGGGACGACUGCACUCCAUCUACCUCUCCGAAGGCUAUAGCGCGGCGGCUAUCAUCACCAUGGAGCCAGUGAACAGCGGCACCCCCUACCUUGACAAGUUUGUGGUGAGCAGCAGCAAGCAGGGUCAGGGCACCAGCCACAUCCUCUGGGAAUGUAUCAGACAGGACCUGGGCAAACUCUUCUGGAGGUCUAGAGCCACCAACAGGAUCAACCCCUGGUACUUCAAACACUGUGAUGGCAGCUUUGUUAAAGGAGGGUGGACCGUCUUCUGGUUCGGUCUGGCAGACAUCAGAGAGUCCUACGAGCUGGUGGAGUACGCCAAGAACCUCCCCGACUCUUUCCGCGGAGCCUGAAGAACCUCGUCCCAGCUGCUGGUUGUGUGUCUCUAUUCGCUCUUUUUAAAAACUUGAAAACCAAAGCUGCAGUGAGAAUUUCAUUUUGCGGUAUUUUGAGGACCUUUUAAUCAUCCUGUAUUUUGAGGGAUGGGGUUAGUAUAGGGGUGUAGUUUAAGGGGGAAUAUGUUUUAUGGUCAAAUGUUUGCAUUUAGAACUUGGUUACAUGAAUACGCACAUAAAACCUACAUUUAUAUUAAUAUUUGAUAUAUUGGGCUCCAUAUCUGAAAGGCAUUAAUGUUCAGAAAGGAUUCUUUGCCCCUGCUCUUGAUCCUAAUAUGAUUGCAGUAAGAAUUUUUCUGAAUCUUACACGGUGGUUAUAUUUGUCAUUUAAAGAUACUGGUUGUGUUGUUUUUCAGGAGGGUGGGGGUUCCCAUAAUGUUUGACAUAUGUCCUAUGGACUAGUUUUCAUUCAGCAGUUCGGAUAAUCUGGUCAGAUGGCAGACGUCAGUGGUGGAGUUUUGAAUCACACAAGCAGGUGGAGCUAAAGAUGGAGGAUAAAGGGUGAUGUGUUACGGCCUCUGCAGUUUGGCUUUUGUUCUUAGUAAACCGGUUUGGUUCAUGUGACUUUUUUGGGGUUUAUCUCUUGGUAAUAAACCUGUUCCUGAGUAACUGUAACUGAGAUAAAUGAAAACAAAGACAAAUAUGUGAAGAAGCAUUCAGUAUUUUGAGGGAGGGGCGGAAUAGAUUAGUAUGCUGACUACAUUCUUUUUACACACGCACACACACAAUGAUCAAACAAAGAUUCAAAGUGUGGCUACAUUUCUUACACGUACACACACACACACACAAUGAUCAGACAAAGAUCCAAAGUGUGGCUACAUUUCACUCCACAUUGAGAACUCUUCUCUUCAUGAAUGCAAUUAAAUUCUUAAAAGUGAAAGAGGAAAUAUGAGCAGCUCUACCAAAACAUUCAGCAGAACAUAAAUCUGCAGAAAUGUUUGGCGAGCAGCCGUCCACUCACGGUAUUAUGCCAUUCGGAGUUUGAAAAAACGGCACAUCAAUUUUAGCAAAUUGUUGAGCUGCAAAGGUUUUUUAAAGAUUUUUUUAACUUUCUAUAUUGCUGCUCAAAUGUGUUUACAUACAAUUAAUCCGAUUGAAUAAAGAAAUGUCUAUUCUUUU